UGCAGACUCUUGUGCCCCUACAAGGCUACAACGCCUCGAGGCCACACACCUCUUCGUCUCUAAAAAUGGCGGCGGCGGCGGAGGGGCUGGCGGCGUACCGGGCUGUGUUGCGGGCGGCGCGGCGGACGUUCUCAGGCGACCAGCUGAUGCUGACGGAGUCGGCGGUAGAGAUCCGGCGCCGCUUCGAGGAUCACCGCGGCCUCGCCCCGGGAUCGGAGGACGCCGUCCGCGCCCUCUCCGAGGCCCGCGAGGCCGCGGACUUCAUCGCCAACAUGAUCGUCCAGGCUAAGCGCUCACCCUCCGGAUCCUUCGUUGUGAAGCCUGAGAAGGCACAUGCCGGGGCUACGCUUGAGAUUCCUUCCGAGGAGAUCCUGUCUACGUUGAAAUAGGGGAGGUUUGCAUUAUCCGCUGUGCAAGCGUCACUGAUAGGCUAGUUAUAAUAAGACCAUUUCCUGUCGUCCGUCUGUCAUAGUAGCGGUCAACAACAUAGUUGCAGCACUUCCUUUGUCAAGUACAAGCCAUCAUGUUUUGCCUACUCUGUCUUGAGAACAAUUUCUAGCCGCCCUAAAUCGCCUUAUCCAGGCAAGUCACUGGAACCAUAAAGUUUUUCCCGGAUGAAUUGGUACGGUUUUUGGAGGAUUAUUUACUGAUUUCUGCUGCCCGGGGUUCAUCAUUAAUUCAUAUCAUGUUUCACU